CUGACGGUGCUGCUGUGUCCCGGCAGGCGCGCGAGCUCUGUCCCGGCGUGAGGAGCCAGCCGUACGUGUGCGAGACGGGCCACUGCUGCGGCGAGACCGGCUGCUGCAUCUACUACUACGAGCUCUGGUGGUUCUGGCUGCUCUGGACGGUCCUGAUCCUCUUCAGCUGUUGCUGCGCUUACCGGCACCGGCCGCGCCAAGUUGCGUCUGCAGCAGCAGCAGAGUCGCGGGAGAUAACCUGAUUUGCCUCCCACGGUGCCUGCAACUACCCGCCCUCCGCGGGGGAGCUCCGGAUGCUGGCCUCCUUCAAGCUGCCGGCCUACGAGGAGGUGACCUGCCGCCCCACCACGCCGCCACCCCCCUACAGCACCGCCGCCCUCCUGGGGGGCUUCAGCACACUGACGCUAACCGGUAGCUCCUCCGCGAACUGCACCAGCUGCUCCUGCGAGUCCAGCUGCCUGACCUCCCCCGGCAGCUCUUCCCCAUCGGCCACCGAGGCCAGCAGCCCCAGCCAAGGGGAGGCUGAGAGCGACGGGGGCUUUGGCCGCCCCACGGGGGUCGGCUGGGAGCAGGCGGCUGCCUCCCCCAAGCAGGCCCUCUUCUCCGAAGUGGAGCUCUUUGAAAGUGACUCACGGUGCCUCUCUGAGGGGUCCGACGCCCUGGAAGAAAGUAGCCACACGCGGCACCGGCGCCUGACCGGAGACUCCGGCAUCGAGGUGGGCCGCGGCCAAGACGAAGAAGAGGCUGCCAGCAAGGAGGAGGAGGAGGAGGGAGCCCGCUUGUUUGGCAAAGGGCCGGUCUGCAGUCAGCCCGGGGAGUCCCCGGAAGGGGCCGCCUCACCACCGUUGCCUGUCUGAAGGGGGCUCCUGUGCUCGGCUGCCACCCCCACCCCCUCCACCCCCUCAGGGACUGAGCGGCCUCUUGUUCACUGUGGAGAACUACCGCCUUAGCCUCACUUCUCUGCCCAGCCACAUGGACGCCUCCUUGGUCCUCUCCUGCCGCUCUGCUUGGGAGCCUUCUGGGGACAGGAGCCCAGAGAGCUUGGCAGCCGCUGGGGCAGGGAGGGGAGCUUCCUGCUCGAUCAUAACUGUAGUGAUAGUGUGUGUGUGUGGUUCCUGCUGUGCUCCAGCUUUGAUGUAAGGCAUGGCGUAGGCGAAGGCUCGGUCCCUCCCCAUUUCCAGGCUGCACCGGGGUUUGCUAGUUGCAUGAAGAGAUGGCCGUGGCCAACACAGGUUCUGCCCUGGGAGCGGGGAGCUGGCCUUCCCGUUGGCCAGUGUCCUGCCAGCACCUGGUAGCACUGUGUGCUUCUUAUUAAACAGACAUGGAAAAUCCUGA